AUGCACGAUGAAAGCCACAAUGUGCGAGCCAUGACCAUCUUUCACGAAGGCCUGGUUAUUCAGGAAGAAAAACAACGCCAAAACCCGUGGUACCUCCUCCGAGCGGAGCCGCACCUGUCGGCACGACGAAGCGAGACGGAAACCCUCAACACACACACAAUCCACCGAUCGUUCAAUGAGCCAAUCAGCAUCCGGUGCGCCGCCAUUGGCUGCGACGCGAAUGAUGAAAUAAAAUGGGUGUGCAGCGGCAAGGGUGCAUGUUUAUUCGAAGAGGAGUGGUGGCAGGGGUGGAUGUAUCGCCAAGCACAGCGAGUACUAGGUAGACAAGUGGAGUUGGUGCGUGCGGGACGACGGUCACUCGCCUGUCCGAGCGUGGGAUGUGGUGGUGCUGGUGGUGCCGGUGGUGGUGGAUGCGGUGUCCGCGGUGGUAGAAAGUGCUUCUCCUCGUUGAAUCACGAGGAGGUGAGUCGGCACUCGGCGGAGAUUGAGGCGGUGCUGCGUCUGCAGCCCAAAGUACCCACCGCCGCUACUGUCAAACCCACGACUGAGAUUCGUCAGGAGAAGAGGAAUUGGAAGCGCAACGCGGACAAGAACGACUCGGCAAUGCUGCCACUGCACUAUGACUUUUCGGACGCGAAAGCGACGACGUUGGGUGAGCGUGGAGCACUGCGUGAGGCGGCGCGGUGUCUGAAGUGCGCGGAUGCGCCAUGUCAGCACAGUUGUCCCACACAGCUGGACGUGAAGGCGUUUGUGGGGAGCAUUGGGAAGAAGAACUACUACGGUGCCGCGAAGGCCAUCCUGUCGGACAAUCCGAACGGUCUGACCUGUGGCAUGGUGUGUCCUACCAGUGACCUCUGUGUCGGCGCCUGUAACCUAACCGCUACGGAGGAAGGGGCCAUCAACAUAGGUGGACUGCAGCAGUUCGCUGUGGAGAUGUUUGCCAACAUGAAUGUGCCUCAGAUAGUGGACCCGGCGAUAGUGGCGAGGACUGCGGGUGAUGCGCAGUACGACACGAAGAUCGCGCUGGUAGGCUGUGGACCGGCGAGUAUCUCAUGCGCGACGUUCCUGGCGCGGUUGGGCUACCGCAAUGUGCACAUCUUCGAGCGUGAUGAGCGACCCGGUGGACUGAGUACAAUGGAGAUACCGCAGUUUCGUCUGCCCGGAGCCGCUGUCGCCUUCGAGCUGCAGUUGUUGCGUGACCUCGGUGUGCGCAUAUUUACGGGGCGUCCCUUCUCUGCCACUGCAGCUGAGGCUUCCGAGUGUGGCACCACACCCCGAGGUGUGACAUUGGCCAGUCUGCGUGCUGCGGGUUACAAGGCUAUAUUCCUGGGGUUUGGGCUGCCGAACGCACACUCGACAGGGGUGUUUGCUGGUCUGACGUCGCAGCAGGGCUUCCUCACCUCGAAGGACUUUCUGCCUUGCGUAUCCGCAGCUUCGAAGGGCUGUUUGGGGUGUGAAAACGCACAUUUGCCGGAUCUGAAAGGGAAGCGUGUGGUGGUGCUGGGCGCUGGUGACACUGCCUUCGACUGUGCCACGUCGGCACUGCGCUGUGGCGCCUCGCGUGUGACCGUCUCCUUCCGCAAGAGCUUCACCACCAUCAAUCCCGUGCCGGAGGAGAUGGAGCUGGCGUGGCAGGAGAAGUGUGAGUUCUUGCCCAACCUCGUGCCGCAGGAAGUGCACCUGGGUGCUGGCGGGCAGAUAAGUGAGCUGAGUUUAGUGCGGCGCGAGCGCGACGAUGACGGCUCGUGGUACACGGAUCCUGAACAGGUGGUGAAAUUGAAGGUGGACGUCAUUAUCACUGCCUAUGGAGCGGAGUUGAAUGACGCGGAUGUGGUGAGUGCGAUGGAGGGUGUGAAGCUGGCACCCAGUGGCUUCUCGGCGGGUCUGCCCGUGGUAGAUGCGAAGACGAUGCGUACCAAUCUGCCCGACGUGUGGUGUGGUGGUGACCUGACCGGCUUCGCGCACACCAGUGUGGAGGCGACGAAUGACGGUAAGACGGCGGCGUGGAGCAUCCACAGUACUCUGUUGGGUGAGGCGGACUUGCCGAUGAGGUUGCCACGCUUCAGCACACCCAUCGAUGCGGUGGAUGUGUCGGUGGAUGUGUGUGGCGUGAAGUUCGAGAAUCCGUUUGGUCUGGCCUCGGCGCCACCGACGACGUCGAGUGCGAUGAUCCGGCGUGCCUUCGAGGCAGGUUGGGGGUUUGCGGUGACAAAGACCUUUGGUCUGGACAAGGACCUGGUGACGAAUGUGUCGCCGCGCAUCGUGCGCGGUCCCACGGGAGGUCAUCUGUACGGACCAGACCAGUCGGGUUUCUGCAACAUAGAGUUGAUAAGCGAGAAGACGGCGGCGUACUGGGUAGAGAGCAUAAAGGAGCUGAAGCGUGACUUUCCGGAGAAGAGGGUGAUAGCGAGCAUAAUGGCGAAGUUCGACGAGGCGGACUGGCGAGAAAUCACGGAGCGCACGCUGAGGGCAGGACCGGACGCACUGGAGUUGAAUUUGUCGUGUCCGCACGGGAUGGGAGAGAGGGGCAUGGGGAUGGCGUGCGGUCAGGAUCCGCGGUUGGUGCGCGAGAUCUGCAAGUGGGUGAAGAGUGUGGGGGGAGCGGGGACACCGGUGUUUGCGAAGCUGACGCCCAACGUGAGUGACAUUCUGGAAAUCGCACAGGCUGCACAGGAUGGCGGAGCGGACGGUGUGACCGCGAUCAACACGGUGUCGGGGAUAAUGCACUUCGACAGUGACUCCUCAGCCUGGCCACGUGUUGGUAAGGAGCGGCGCACAACGUACGGCGGUUUGUCGGGCAAUUUGGUGCGACCAAUGGCGUUGCGUGCGGUGAGCUGGAUCGCGAAGAAGUUGCCGGGCUUCCCUAUCCUCGCCACAGGUGGUAUCGACUCGGCGGAAGCGGGCAUGCAGUUCUUACAGGCUGGUGCCUCCAUUUUGCAGGUGUCGAGUGCCAUUCAGAAUCAGGACUUCACAAUCAUCGAGGACAUGGUGACAGGCCUCAAAGCUGGUCUGUACUUGGAUGGACGUGAAGAGCACUGGAACUUCCAGAGUGCGGAUGUGGGUGAGCGACAACAGCAAGGCAAGCCAGUGAAGGGGGUGGAGACACUGAAUGGCCAGUACCUGCCGCACUUCGGACUGGCGCGGGCAGUGCGUGCUGCACAUUGGGCGCGGGAGUGCUGGGAGUCGGCAGGCGGCGUCUCCGUGGCUCUGGCUGAGCGUCAUCUGGACCGUUGGCUCUGUCGCCCUACACCAACCUCUUCAACUCCAACCGUUGCUGACAUAAUUGGGCGGGCCGUGGACAAGAUCGGCAUGUACAAUGAGCUGAGCAACAAGGAGCAUGUGGUGGCACUGGUGGACGAAGAGUUGUGCAUCAACUGCGGCAAGUGCUACAUGACGUGCAACGACACAGGCUACCAGGCGAUCGACUUCGACGCAAAGACACACCUGCCGGUGGUGCGCGAGGCCGACUGUACGGGCUGCACGCUCUGCUUCUCGGUGUGCCCUGUGCCCGACUGCAUUCGCAUGGUGGAGCGCAAGACGCUGUACGUGCCGAAGCGUGGCAUCCCUCCGGCUUCUGCAUCCGCACCCGCACCCCCUGUCUCCUAA